CAACUACAAAAUACAUUUCGAGAAAUAAACAAAAAUCUAAAAUAUAAGAACCGGCAGAAGCUUUUGUCUUUACAAAGCAAACUAAAACGCAUAGAGAAAGGCCGGUAGGUAAAAUACACAAGCUUAACUUUUCCCUUCCAUAUGAUCAGAAAGAUGGCAUUGGUGUUUGCAUCAAUGAUCUUUCUUGCAUUUCUUGAAUCUCCGGCGGCUGCGACUGUCGUGGCCAACCCACUGGUAGAACUCUCCGGCAGGGAGGAGUUGGUGGUGAUGGGAGGUUACGGAGAGGACAAACUCUCUACAGUUUUAAUCGAUGGUUCUGUUCUAUGUCACCCUUGUGAUCAUCUCAACCGACCUAAUAAACCUCUUCCCCUCUCAGGAGCUUCAGUGGGAGUUAGCUGCAACAGAAAGGGGAAGAUGAGGAAAACAUCAUGUGAGGCACACAACACAACAGAUGAACAAGGAUACUUCCUUAUAGAUCUUCCUUCACAUCUUCAUGCAAUCCCAAACCUGGAAAAAACAUGCACUGUGAGGGUUGUUCAUCUGCCAAAGAAUUCUGCCUGCCAUCCAAAUUUUAUAAAGAAACAGAAAGCCAUCAGUUUGACAUCAAACGUUGAUGGCAUACGCACUUACACAAGCCAUAAGAUAACCUUAACGACACCAAACGAUUCGAAAACGUGCAGCGAAAGGCAGGUUAGAGCCGCAAAACGCGCCCGCGCUUGACUCGAUUCGCCACAUUUGCUCGGUUAGUUGGCGCUACAGUCACGAUAUCCGAGUUACUCAUCACGUUUAAUCAACCAUUUGUAAUGCUCCAUAUAUAAGAAUAGGCUUUACUUGAGAUUCUACAUCCUGAGUGUGUGUGUUUGGGUGUGACAAACAUGAGGAAUGGAGAAUGAUGCAAAUUAUGACAUGCUGCAACACCUCUAUUCAGAAUUGAACCUUGCAUGUGAUGUACUUCUAUAAUAUAUUUGUACAAACUUUACAAUAGAAUAUACUCCGUAUAUAAAAUAUACAAUCAACUAAAAGAGUAUUGUUUUGUCAAGACUAAAGUUCUAUCCUAACAGAAGGAUUGAAGGAGUGACCCACUAUAUAUUUUAUACGCAGUACUUAUUACUUCCUAUUUUAUUGUUUCACAUUUUACCUGAAUCACGAAAACAUUUCGCCUGAA